AUUUAGCCGAUAAAAUCCUCUCUCAGACCAUGCAUUCCGGCUUCCCAAUCCAUUAGCACCGUCCCAACAAUCUCUCUCUCUCUCUCUCCCCCACAAUUCUCGGUUCAUACAAUUGAAGUCUCUCACAUUGAGGAAUCCAGGCUUGGUAGGCUGUUCAAAAUACCAUCUGAAGUCGCAUGGGGAUACCUUUUUCAUGCCCAUUUGCUGCUUAUAAUGACUUUGAGAAUGGUUUUGAAUCUAUCAUUGUAAAAACUUUCAGUUUUUUGGAUAAUGAAGAGAAGACUCCGGUGCAAUCCAUCAGCUUCAAGGUCCUUGACUCUGAAUCGAGGAUAAUGCAACCAAUAGGUAAUGGAAAUAUGCUGGUAAAAGGAUCUGUUAGCUUUAAAAGAAGAGAACCUGGAAUAAAGGGUUCGAUUGAAGCUCCUCCACCAGAAGAAAACAAUGCUGUCACGGAAGACAUAGAUGAUCAAUCACUGAAAAUAGAAAAAGUGUCUAAGAAAAUUGCACAGUUGCCUGUUUUUGAUUCGAGCAACCCCAAACACAAAGCUGCGAUAAAGUUGCAGAAAGUGUACAAAAGCUUUAGGACAAGAAGAAAGCUAGCAGAUUGUGCAGUUCUAGUUGAGCAGAGCUGGUGGAAGCUGUUAGAUUUCGCAGAACUCAAGCAUAGUUCUAUAUCAUUCUUUGAUCUUGAGAAACAUGAGACUGCCAUUUCACGCUGGUCGAGAGCAAGAACAAGAGCUGCCAAGGUUGGGAAAGGCUUAUCAAAGAAUGGUAAAGCCCAGAAACUUGCUUUGCAGCACUGGCUUGAGGCAAUUGAUCCACGACAUCGCUAUGGACACAAUCUCCACUUCUAUUAUGUUAAAUGGCUGCAUUCUGAAAGCAAAGAGCCCUUCUUUUACUGGCUAGAUAUAGGAGAAGGGAAGGAGGUGAAUCUUGUCGAAAAAUGUCCGCGCUCCAAACUUCAGCAGCAGUGCAUCAAGUAUCUUGGUCCGAUGGAACGGAAGGCUUAUGAAGUUCUUGUGGAGGACGGGAAGCUCUUCUACAAGCAAACAGGGGAACUGCUUGACACCACUGGGGAAACCAAGGCUGCUAAGUGGAUUUUUGUCCUCAGCACCUCUAGGACCUUGUAUGUUGGCAAGAAAAAGAAAGGCACAUUUCAGCACUCCAGCUUCUUGGCUGGUGGUGCCACAUCUGCAGCGGGGAGAAUGGUUGUUGAAGAAGGCAUACUAAAGGCAGUCUGGCCUCACAGUGGCCACUAUCAGCCUACUCCAGAAAAUUUCCAGGACUUCAUUUCAUUUCUCAGGGAGAGCAAUUUGGAUCUCACUGAUGUUAAGAUGGAUUCGAUGGAUGAAGAAGACAACUCCAUUGGCAUGAAGAGAAGUGGGCACUUGAGAAGCAUCUCAUCUGAAGAUGAUUCGGCUGAAAAGGAUGGCUUGGAGACAGAAGAGACUGAUGUCCUGGAGUUGAUUUCAGAGGAAUUUAGCUCGACAGAAAAAGGGACUGCUGUUGCAUUGGAGUCAUCUAAGUCGAGGCCAUCUCACCGAUGUAGUAGAAAAUUGAUCAAUCUUCAAAUACCAAACAAGGCUGAGUUGCUGGAGAAAUUUAAGACUGAGAAUCAACCUGUUGAGUCAAGUACCAGCAGUUUCACGAUGGAAUCCCCAUUGGACAGAUAUGAAACAGCAGAAGAAUCAUUUGCUUUAGAACAAACUUACGAGGUAGCGAAGGAGAACUUGUCUGAUGAAGAACACGAAGAAACAAUAGAAGCGGCGAUUCCAGAAGAAUCUAUUCAGCAGAGGAUUAAUUCACAUAAAGAGCUGAAAUCAUAUCAAUUGGGGAAGCAAUUGUCUUGCAAAUGGAGCACGGGAGCUGGACCGCGAAUUGGUUGUUUGAGGGACUACCCCUCAGAGCUCCAAUCCCAUGCUCUGGAACAAGUGAACUUGUCUCCAAGAAGCGCUCGCUGUCUCAGAUUAAACUUCUCUCCUCGGGUAUGUACACCAACCGGAUUGGGGAGAGAGAUGCAGGCGGCCACCAGUCUAGAGAAAGAGAAUUUGUGUCAAAGAAUCAGUCUACCUUUGAGAACACAGUCCUCUCCAUUGUGUAAAACAACCUCAAAAUCUUCAAUUGGUGAUCCAUCCUGAUUAAUCAGAGAAGAUUAAUUGUCUGAUUAGUCCAUUCUUUUGAGUGAAUAGAAAAGAAUGAGAGAAAAUUUUUGCCAUUCUUUUCCAUAGGAAUUCUAGACAUUUUUUUUUUCUACUUCAAUCAUGUAUACAUUUUUUUGUUGCUUCAUCCAGCAAAAUAG